AUGAGUUUAUCGAAACCAAUAAACCCGGAUAUUGUUGAAGUUGGUAUCGAACGUCUCGCAUUGAAUGAACAAGAAAUUGGACCCCAAGAUUCAACUGAUAAAGAAGAUACGCCAAUUGAAGUAUCUGGGAAAAAUGGCUCUCUUGAUCAGAAUAAAUCAGAUGAUUUCGUUCAGCAACGAUUCCGUCAAUUUGAACAGGAAAGCACGGCGCCAUCGGAAAAGGGCAAUGCCGAAUUGAACCAAGUUGCAUUACAGCCACAGGAAAGCACACCGCCAGAAGAACCAAAAACUCAACGUCCGCCGACGCCAUUCUACCUACCCGAGCACCUGGAGAAAAUUGAGCAACAACAGAGACUUGGCUCGAUGAAUUUCCAAAUGCCUUAUAGUAUUGACUAUUAUGGAAAUGAAUUCGAACACGCGCAGGCUAUUUUAGACCAUUUUCGCUUUGUUGUUCCUUUGGUGGAACCCUCGGAGAUCUACCAGCACCCUGAAGACAGAUCACUCUAUCGCGACUGCCCCCAAAUUUUGGAAACUCAGCGCGAUAUUUCCGACGAAAUCGAACUAGCCAGAAAUGUUCAUGAAAAGGAGGAAGUGGAGGAUGAGCAAGAGGUGGAAAUGACCUCCCAAGAGCUUACCGAAUUCCAACACUUCACUAUGGAUGAGGUCUAG